CAUAAGAACACCGGGAUCUGUGUUGGUUGCUCCCUGCGAGCAUAUAAAGGCAGGGAUCUUCAGUGAGCCGUGUUAGAGGGUGCCACUGGAUCCUUGGGAGAGAAGGAUGAUCACCAAGAGGUCAACAGCGUUAUCAUCACUUGGGGGGUUUAUCUGCCUUCUUAUGGCAAAUUGCACUCAGCAAUGUAUAAUACAAGGGCACUGGGCUUUCUGCAGUGGCAGUUCUCUUGAACAGGUGCCCCCAUUGCCCCCCAAUAUCACACACGUGGACCUCAGUCUGAACCGCAUUCGCCAACUCAGUGAAGACUCCUUCAAGGGGCUGGAGAGCCUUGUGCAUCUUGACCUUGGAUCACAGUGGCCAAUAGGCCUCGUCAUCAAGAACAACGCUUUCAGACGAUUGUCCAACUUAACGUUUCUUCACUUAGGAGACAACAGAGCAAUGCGCCUUGAGACGGAUGCGUUUCAGGGACUGUCAAACCUCCAGACUCUGAUUUUGUUGCACUCUGACCUUGACGAGUCCAUUCUGUCAGGAAGUUAUCUGCAGCCUCUAGUGUCCCUACAGAAGCUGGACCUCUUUGGCAACAAGUUGAAGCAAUUUAAACCAGCUAUGUUCUUCAGGAACAUGACGGAUCUCAGUGUGCUAGACCUCUCCAUUAAUCAAGCUAAAUCUAUUUGUGAAACAGAUUUAGCCGCCUUUCAAGGUAAACACUUCCGCCUGCUCAGUCUAUCCUCUGUCCAUCUUGCUGACAUGAAUCCAUCAGGUUUUAACUGGAAAAACUGUGGAAACCCCUUUAAAAACAUGUCAUUUAAAACCCUUGAUAUAUCACUAAAUGGACUGAGUGCUGACAAAGCUAAAUUGUUCUUCUCUGCAAUUCUGGGCACCAGGAUCAACCAUCUGAUUCUCAGUCCAAAUAUCAUGGGAUCAGGGUUUGGAACCAGCAAUAGCAAGGAUCCAGAUAGACUCACCUUUGACCCUCUAAAAUCCAGUGGCAUUCAAACCAUCAAUUUGUCCAGAAACUAUAUCAAUGUUGUAAAGUCCUCUGUUUUCACAUCGUUGGCUGAUCUAGAGAGCAUAACCAUGGCCAGUAAUAAAAUAAACCGCAUAGAGACCAAUGCAUUUCUUGGGUUGACAAAUUUACAAAAGCUAAACCUCUCUCGUAACCUUAUAGGAGAAAUUUAUUUUAAUACAUUUAUGCACCUAUCCAAUUUGACAACGCUCGAUUUGUCACACAAUCAUAUUGGUGUGCUUCAGUAUGGUGCCCUCUUUGGGCUUUCAAAUCUGCUCUUUUUAAAUCUCACUGGAAACUCCUUGUCUUCGGUACACAACCUUUCACCACUACCCAGUCUGCUCGAGCUGCAUCUGGAUGAUAACAAAAUUGCAUCAGUGCGUGGACUUCAGGCUGCUGCAAGCAGCGCAACCACAAUCUCACUCAACAGAAACAGACUGAGCAAUAUGGAGGACUUAUAUAUCAUACUGGCUAAUUUUCCCAACAUUACAAAAAUUAGUGUUGGGGACAAUCUAAUCUCCUUUUGUUCACAUAGUUCAAAGAUUUCAAUACCAUCUAAGAACAGAGUGAAAGAACUGCAUCUGCAAAACAAUGCUUUGCAGUUGAUAUGGGGAAGAGGACAAUGCCUGGAUUUAUUUGACAAUCUUAGCGAACUGUCGUUUCUGUCUCUAAGGUCUAAUUUACUGGAGUCCUUACCAGAUGGACUUUUUAAGGGCCUAUCAUCUCUCUACAUUUUGGACUUGUCCCUGAACUCUCUGACCCAUCUUCCACAGGACGUAUUUCCAGCGACCCUAAGACGGCUGGAUCUCUCAUACAACUUCCUCACUAGUCCGGAUCCAGGUCUGUUUCGUUCCCUCAGUGUUGUUGACCUGAAAAAGAACCGUUUCUUCUGUGACUGCAACCUCAGGGCUUUCCAAUCCUGGGCAAAACAGACCAACGGAACUUUACUUACUCCGGUUUCACAACUGCACUGCGUGUUCCCCAAAGAGCGACGUGGUGUUGCAAUCGCAGAAUUCACCGCAGACUUAUGUGACCGGUGUCAGUGCAACUGUCCCUGAAACAGGAUUUUCUUUUUGAGGUCACCGAAUCAAGUUUAGGUUAGUCCUGGUAACCUCCCGGACUGUGCUGAAGGAUGUCAGUAUAAUAAAUAUAUGAUACUAUACAUACUAUAGGCCUAUAGUAUGAACUAUAUAAGAAGUAUAUCUGAUGGCCAAUGGAGAGUCAGGUCAGUGAGUGACAAGCUGAUACGGCAAAAAGGUCAAAGUGCCAAAGACAAACAUCAUAACCAGAUGAAAUGCAUAAUAUCUGAUGAGUGGAUAUUUGUAAUUCCAGCCCAGUUUGAUUGAUCAUUAAUGCUGAGUAUUUAUUAUCUACAUGUACAGGCAUUCCAAUCGUCAAGAAUAAAUACAUUCUACUACGCAGAAAUACAUAUUAUAAUGCAAUUCAGAAAGUAGAAGAGGCGUAAUGAGAAUGUUAUGUGAAAGGGAUUUGCCUCUGUAUCACUAUAUGCCAAAGAAUGUUUCUUAACAGUUGCAUUGCAACAGCGUAACCAUAUUAAUUUCGGUGUGAAAUGGAUCAUGUGCUCAAUUUUAUAAAGAUACAAUGUGAUUGUCUGCACCUACCACUAGAUGGUAGGAUUUGAAUUUAAAGGCGGUUACCUUUAAUAAAUAAAACAAUGAAAUCACA